AUGCACUUCGACCAUCGUGAAGACAUCAACCGUUAUGGGGCCUUGGUGCAGGCCUACGUGGUUGCCGAGGACAUCGGGGCUGCGGAGCGUGUGUUCACCGAGCACCAUGCGACGGACGCAAACAACAGAAACAACACCUUCGCGCACAACACCUUGUUGAAGGCCUACGUGCAGAAGGGGCAGGUGCAGAAGGCCGAAGAACUGUUCAAGCAGAUGAGGAAGGUAAGACCCGAUGCCACGACGUACCUGCAGAUGAUCCGCGCCGCCGCGUCGGUCGCUGAUCCGGAAGGCCAUGACAAACAAAUGGAAACCCCGAAGUCGACCAGGCCAUGCCCAGUGUUGGGCAGGGAGAGCCUCCCCCUGGUGUCGGCUGGGGUCGGCGGAUUUCGUUUGAACCAACUUAUUCCUCUCGAUUUUGCUUGCGCAGCAAUGACAUAG